AUGGCCUGCAACAGCACAGAUCUGACGUCUCUCCGUAUAGGCGACGACACCGUCGAGCGCACGGACAACUUCAGGUACCUCGGAUCUGUGCUUGAUGCGUCCGGGGACAUCGAUCGCGACAUCAAGGCCCGUAUAUCAGCGGCCUGGGCGAAAUGGCGCGAGGUGACGGGUGUCAUUUGUGACCCCAAAAUGCCGGUUAAGCUGAAGGGACAGGUCUAUAAGACCAUCAUAAGGCCUGUCCUUACGUACGGCAGUGAAGCGUGGCCGGUGCUAGAGCGACACCGGCAGUUGUUGCAUGUCACGGAGAUGAACAUGCUGCGGUGGAUGUACGAUCCGCAUCUGAUCACUUUAGCGCAAUCAGGGAAAGUGUUACUAAUGAUGCAAGGUUAUACAUUCCAUAAAGGAGGCGGUGACAGAGUCGCUGGUGGUAUACGAUGGAGAUGUUCCUCCGGGAAGAAAAGGUGUAAUGCUUACGUUGUCCUGUCAGAAGAUGAUCAAACGGUUUUAAAGGCUAACAUAAAUCACAAUGACCAUGAGCGGCCUUCGUAUGUUCAAAUGAGUGACGGUACAUACGUCAAGAUUUGA